GUGAUAUGGUUAUCGCUGGUUUCGGGCGCUGUGAGGCUCUUUAAAGGUACGCUCAGUACCUCUUCUCUCAGUGCCAAAGGUUUGCCACUACCCCUGUUCGUUACUUCACUGUGCUGUUCAGACUUUCUUGUCUUGCUGCAGGCUUAUUCUGAUCCUCCCACAAGCCAAAAUGGGGGCUGUCGACACAGAGAAUAUACCCAUAGUGGACUUUUCGCGCUUCGACACUGAUCUUCCUGGCCUAGCGCAAGAGAUCAAAACGAUCUGCGAGACGUGGGGAUUCUUGUACCUCAAGAAUCAUGGCCUAGAGCAAAGCCAGGUCGAUCGCAUGUUCAACAUCAGCGAGACAUUCUUCACGACGACUCCCCUCGAAGAAAAGGCUUCAACACCGUGGAACAGCGUCCUGAAUGCCGGUUACGAUGCACGCACCGGCACGGAAAAGUACUUUGCGGAGAAUGGUGCCACCGACAUCACAUCCAAACAAGACGCAAAAGAAGUCUUUGUGAUUCGAAAACAAGCGUCGUACGAUCAACCCAUGCCGCCUUCGUUGCGCAAGUUCAACCCAGAAAUCCAGCAAUUCAUGGCGGAAACUCACGAAAGGAUUGCACUGCGGUUACUCGCAUGUCUAGGUCUUGGUCUGGGCUUGACCAAAGAUCAACUUCCACAAAUGCAUAAGCAUGAGAACCCUUCGUACACCACCCUAAGACUCAUAUACUACCCGACCUUGGAGGCAGGUGACGAGGCGCCCGUUCGACUUGGUUCACACAGCGACCAAGGCGUGAUCACGAUCCUGUUCCAGAAUGUCAUUGCGGGUCUCCAGGUUCGACCGCCAAAGUACACGGGCAAGAUCCAACCUGACGAGAAAUGGCUCGAUGCUCCUGUGAUCCCUGGAGCGGUGUUGAUCAACAUUGGAGAGACUCUGACGUUUCUUUCUGGCGGACUGAUGAAGAGCACGUUGCACAGAGUGGCAAGAAGCCCUAGAGCUGAAGAUAUUGGGAAGGAUCGCUACUCAAUGGCAUAUUUCUGCCAUCCGAGUCAGGAUACGUUGUUGGAGGUUCUGGACGGGAUUGAUGGAGCGGUGAAAAGAGAGACGCCUGUCUCUUGUGUAACGGGUAGACAGGUCAAGACUGUAAAAGACUGGAUUGAGCACCGUCACUCGUUGGGAAGGCUAGGGAAGUCGGGCCAGACGGCGGCUGCCAAAUGAGACUUAUGAUAUUC